ACCAUUGUCCCUCCUCCCUCCUUCCCUCCGGAGACAGACAUAAACGACCGUUAUUUUUUGUCAGUCGAAAAAAAAAAAGAAUUAUAAUUAACAGUUCUCACUGAGCAGCGGCGUCCUCCUCCUCCACUCCGCCCCUUCCCCAAAAUCACAGAUCCACUGUUCUUCUCCGCUCUCUUUCUCUCUCCACCUUCACCCACUAAUCUUGUCACCGCCAUAGAGAUCCCUGCUUCCUCUCCCCUCCUCCUCCUCCUCCUUCUCCUUCUCUCUCUCUCCCUCUCUCUCUCUCUCUCUCUCUCUCUCUCUCUCUCACACACACACACUCACAUACAUUGACAAUCUCACUUCCAUCUAUACUUUCUUGGCCUUUCAGCUCUCCCUCUCUCUACAUACAGCUCUCAGAGGGCUUCAAUGGCGUCCAGAGAAGUGUCAACGAUGAUAAAGCAAGGCUUCAUCUCAGACCCCACAAUCUCCUGCUUUUCUCCGUCGAGAUCACUUUCAAGGGUCUCGCCUUCGUCUUCGCCCGCCGCCAAAGCUGUCUCUCCGCCGGUCUCCGAGCGUGUCCGCCCCAGUCCGACACUGUUCGACAUGAUGUCCGAGGAGCAGCAACGCGAGUCGGCGCGCUUCGACGACCGGCGCCGCAAGAUGCAGGACCAGGUUGCAGGGGUUUUGGCCGAAGCGCUGGUCAGAAACCCUAAUUGGGGAGGAUCCGGCGACGUGAAGCUCACGGUGGUCUCGCGGGACGGGUUUAGGGUUUCGAUGGAUGUGCAUCGGAGGGUCCUGGCGGAUCGGAGCCGGUUCUUUGCGGAAAAGCUAAGGCGGGACGAGGCCGUGUCGCAUGAGGUGGAGAUUUGUGACACCGACGACGUGGAAGUGUAUGUGGAGACUGUGAUGUUGAUGUACUGUGAGGACUUGAAGAGAAGGUUGAUCGGCGAGGAGGUAUCCAAGGUCUUGGGCUUGCUCAAGGUAUCUGCAGCUAUCUUGUUUGAUGCGGGAAUCAGGUCAUGCUUAGAGUAUUUGGAAGCUGUUCCUUGGGCAGAGGAUGAAGAAGAAACAGUUGUAUCUAAUCUCCGACAACUUGAGCUUCAAGAGUCUGUGGAUGAGGUUCUGCAGAGAGUAUCAGCUGAACCAUCUACAGCCACAAAAUCUGACGACAUCUUCUUGAGAAUGCUGACUGGUGUUCUUCAAGCCAAAGAUGAUAAAGCUCGACGAGAAAUGAAAGCUUUGAUUUCUGGGUUACUUAGAGAAGAUGCAACUGUUAGCACCAAUAGGCUAGAUGUCUCCAAGGAUACCCUUUAUCAACUUUGCCAUAGAUGUCUCAGUUCUCUCAUCUUAUGUUUAUCUGAGGCUGGGGGCAUGGAUGAAAGCAGGCGGGAUCGGGGGUUAUUAAUGGGUGAAAUAGCUCGAGAAGCUGAUAACAUGCGGUGGAUUGUUGAUAUUUUGGUCGACAAAAAAAUGGGCAAUGAAUUUGUCAAAUUAUGGGCCGAUCAGAAGGUGCUUGCAACCCUCCAUUCAAAAAUUCCUACCAUGUAUCGGCACGAAAUCAGCCGGAUUACUGCUCAACUAUGCAUUGCAAUUGGAAGAGGACAUAUUUUGGUGCCAAAAGAUACCCGGUUUUCUCUGCUGUCCACAUGGUUGGAAGCUCUGUAUGAUGAUUUUGGGUGGAUGAGAAGGGCUUGUCGAACCGUUGACAAGAAAUUGGUCGAGGAUGGACUGAGCCAGACAAUUCUUACACUGCCGUUGCCACAACAACAGAGUAUCUUACUCAAUUGGUUUGAUCGAUUCCUUAACAAAGGAGAUGAUUGCCCUAAUAUUCAGAGGGCUUUUGAGGUGUGGUGGAGAAGGGCCUUCAUAAGACAGUAUGUACCUGAGCACGACUCUUCCCAGUUGCAGAUAACUGUCUGUGAUUAUCCAAAUUAAAAAGAAUGUUGAACAUGCCAAAUAUUUUAACCACGGGUGUAUAUACACAUACACACGACAGUUUCUUUUUACUUUUUUUGACAAGUUAUCUGUGCUUUUCCUCUUCUUAAAUCCAUUGGAUUUUGGAUCAGUCAAAAUUUUGUUUUCGAGACAUAGAGAUUGUGUAACAUAUAUGUGAUAAGAGCCUUCCAGAUUAAUGAAAUUUGUAAGAUGGCAUUAUCUA